AUGGCUUCUGCAGUUGUCCCUCACCUGUUUCUACUUGCAACCUUUUUACCGCUUCUACCUUCAACAAUUGCUCAAUCUUACAAAAAUGUUAGUUGGGGUUCAAUACUUACUACGAGUGAUGUUACUAUAUUUUGGCCAUCCCCAUCUGAAGAAUUUGCUUUUGGCUUUCAAAAAAUUGGAAAUGGAUCAUCAGGCUUCUUACUAGCCAUUUGGUUCAACAAACUCAAAGAAAAGACCAUAGUUUGGUCAGCCAGUAGAGAUAAAAUCGUGCCGGAUGGAUCCAAAAUUGAGCUCUCCAUGGAUGGAAGACUAGUACUCACUGAUCCAAAUGGUCAAGAAAUAUGGGCUCGUGGCAUGGCCAGUGCUGGAACAGCCUACGGAGCCAUGCUUGACACUGGAAAUUUUGUGCUAGCAACCAGUAGUAAUUCAGUUACUCAAUGGCAGAGCUUUGAUGAGCCAACUGAUACGAUUUUGCCUGGCCAAGUACUUAAAGGAAGAACUAGGCUUGUCUCAAGCUUCUCUGACACGAAUGUAUCGAGUGGAAAGUUCGAGCUUGGUGUUAAAGAUGAUGGAGAUCUGGGACUUUACCCAGUUGCAACACGUGAUGAAUACUGGUUAAUCGAGACUGCUGGCAGUGGUUACCAGGUGGUAUUCAAUCAAUCCGGCUUUAUUUUCUUUCAAGCAAAAAAUGGAACUAUGUUAAAUUUGUUAUCCUCUUCCAUUGAGGCAAACUCAACAACAAGUCAAUUGUAUCACCGAGCGAUUCUUGAAUAUGAUGGUGUUUUUAGGCACUAUGUGUGUCCGAAAUCUUCUAGUGGGGGGCCAAUGGCAUGGUCUACUUUGAAUUACUUUCCCGUUAACAUCUGUUUGUCUCUCCCCCGAUAUAGAGGAGGGGUUGCUUGUGGUUUCAACAGCGUUUGCUCGAUAGGAACUGACCGGAGGCCAAGGUGUGAUUGUCCAGUUGGGUAUAUCUUGAAUGAUCCAAAUGACAAAAUAGGCAACUGCAGGCCGAAUUUCCCUGAGCAAGUUUGUAACAAUGAAUCGCGAGACGUUGAGGCUUUCACUAUCCACGAACUGCUCAACACUAACUGGUUUGGCGGCGAUUAUGAGUCUUACCAGGAUGUUACCAAGGAUUGGUGCAAACAGAAUUGUUUGAGUGAUUGUUUUUGUGUUGCUGCUGUUUAUGGUACAGACAACACUUGUUGGAAGAAAAGGUAUCCGCUUUUAAAUGGGAGAGAACAUCCAGCAGAUUUAGGCAAAGCUUUGUUAAAAAUAGGGAGAGACAAUUCCACUGCGGGAUCAACAACAAUGACUACACCUCAGUCUCAAACCGGUGAAAAAAGGGAAAAUCAAUCUAGUCUAAUCAUUUCUGGUUCUGUGUUGUUGGGCAGUUCAGUUUUCAUCUUAAUGGUGUUGGCCUUUUUGUAUGUUAACUUUAAAGGAGAAAAUACAAAGAAGCUUGUACCAUAUCAAGCUGUUCCAGGAGUGAACAUAAGAAGUUUUAGCUACAAUGAGCUAGAAGAAGCUACAAACGGAUUCAAGGAUGAGUUAGGAGCUGGGGCCUUCUCAACAGUUUACAAAGCGGUUCUUAAUGACGAAAAUGGGAAAAUCGUCGCUGUAAAGAAACUACACAAGAUGGUGACCGAAGGAGAACAAGGAUUCCGAGCCGAAGUGAAUUCAUUCAGCAGGACUAAUCACAAGAACUUGGUCCAACUCCUCGGGUUCUGCAAUGAAGGCCAACACCGGCUUUUGAUAUAUGAACACAUGGAAACGGGCUCAGUAGCAGACUUGCUAUUCAAAGAUUGUAGGCUUAGUUGGUCCCAAAGGGUAAAAGUUGCCAUAGACACUGCCAAAGGGCUUUUCUAUUUGCAUGAAGAGUGUAGUAUCCAAAUUAUACAUUGUGACAUCAAGCCCCAAAAUGUGCUUUUAGAUGAAAAUUUGACAGCAAAAAUAGCAGAUUUCGGAAUAGCCAAGCUUUUGGGGAAAGAUCAGACUCGAACGACCACUAAAAUACGUGGAACGAGAGGGUACGUAGCCCCAGAGUGGUUCAGGAACAUGCCUAUAACCGUCAAAGUGGAUGUGUACAGCUUUGGAAUCUUGCUUUUAGAGCUGAUUUGCUGUAGAAAAAGUUACGAGCAGGAUGUGGCGAAUGAGAAUGAAAUGAUACUCGCGGAGUGGACUUGUGAUUGCUAUAGAAGAAAAGAGCUGCAUUUACUCGCAGGCAAUGAUGAAGAGGCAAAAGAAGAUAUCAUGAGGUUCGAGAAGUUGUUGAUGGUUGCUAUUUGGUGCAUUCAAGAAAGUCCGUCAUUAAGGCCUAGCAUGAAGAAUGUCAUGCUAAUGCUUGAAGGUUCUGUGGAGGUCUCAAUUCCUCCUGACCCGUUUUCCUUUAUAUGUUCUGUUUAGAUCAACCUUGUUUUUCGCUUAUCCUUUUUGUAUGCUAAGUUGCUCGGGCUCUCUUAAAAAUGCACUAUUUUAGAGGGUUCG